AUGGUGGAUGUGUUCAGCGGGCGGCUCCUGGUCAGCAAGGAUGGCCGGAGCGUGGACCCCGAGGAGGCCUUGCAGAACAAGGUCGUGGGCUUGUAUUUCUCCGCCGGCUGGUGCUCGCCGUGCCGCGACUUCACCCCCGUCCUCUGCGACUUCUACACGGAGCUGCUGGAGGAGACGGAGCCCCCCGCCCCCUUCGAGGUCGUCUUCAUCUCCUCCGACCACAGCGCCGAGGAGAUGGUGGGCUACAUGCGCUCCAUGCACGGCGACUGGCUGGCCCUGCCCUUCCACGACCCCUACAAGCAUGAUCUGAAGAAGAAAUACAACAUAACAGCAAUUCCUAAACUGGUGAUUGUGAAACAAACUGGAGAAGUCAUUACUGACAAGGGAAGAAAACAGAUCAGAGACAAGGGGCUAUCCUGUUUCCGGAACUGGCUUGAGGGUGCAGAUAUCUUUCAGAAUUUUUCUAACUAA